CCGUUCCGGGCCCGGCUCCUCCUGGCUGGGUCUCGGCUGGGUCGGAGGCUCCUGAAGCGCAGCGGCAGCCCCGAGUUGAGGGCGGGGGAAGCAUCCGGAGCCAUCCGCCGCCAUGGUGAAUUUCACCGUAGACCAGAUCCGAGGGAUCAUGGACAAAAAAUCCAAUAUCAGGAAUAUGUCUGUGAUUGCUCAUGUUGAUCAUGGCAAAUCGACACUGACAGACUCUUUGGUAUCUAAAGCAGGUAUCAUUGCUUCAGCCAAAGCUGGUGAAACACGAUUCACAGACACUCGGAAAGAUGAACAAGAAAGAUGUAUCACAAUCAAGUCUACAGCAAUCUCUCUGUACUAUGAACUCUCGGACAAUGACUUGGCCUUUAUCAAAGAGAGCAAAGAUGGUUCGGGUUUUCUUAUUAAUUUAAUCGACUCCCCUGGACAUGUAGAUUUCUCAUCCGAAGUUACAGCAGCUCUUCGCGUCACUGAUGGUGCCCUUGUAGUUGUUGACUGUGUUUCAGGGGUGUGUGUUCAGACAGAAACUGUUCUGCGUCAAGCAGUUGCUGAGCGCAUCAAGCCAGUACUGAUGAUGAACAAGAUGGAUCGUGCUCUGUUGGAGUUACAGCUAAAACCAGAGGAACUUUAUCAGACCUUCCAGCGUAUUGUGGAAAGUGUCAAUGUCAUCAUUUCCACCUAUGGAGAAGGUGAAACUGGACCGAUGGGUAAUAUUAUGAUUGAUCCCCUUAUUGGUACUGUUGGGUUUGGCUCUGGUUUACAUGGCUGGGCAUUUACUUUGAAGCAGUUUGCUGAGAUGUAUGUGGCCAAAUUUGCUGCCAAAGGUGAAAAAGCACAACUCCCUCCAGCCGAACAUUCAAAGAAAGUAGAAGAUAUGAUGAAAAAGCUUUGGGGAGACAAAUAUUUUGAUCCAGCAACCGGAAAAUUCAGCAAAUCAGCCACCAGCCCAGAUGGAAAGAAAUUGCCACGGACGUUCUGCCAGCUCGUUCUGGAUCCCAUCUUUAAGAUCUUUGAUGCGGUUAUGAACUUUAACAAGGAAGAGACAGCCAAGCUGAUAGAGAAACUUAACAUCAAGCUAGAUGUUGAAGAUCGAGACAAAGAAGGCAAACCACUUCUGAAGGCUGUGAUGCGCCACUGGCUGCCUGCUGGAGAUGCCUUGCUUCAGAUGAUCACCAUGCACCUUCCUUCCCCUGUAACGGCACAGAAAUAUCGCUGUGAACUUCUGUAUGAGGGGCCACCUGACGAUGAAGCUGCUAUGGGUGUCAAAAACUGUGAUCCCAAGGGCCCUUUGAUGAUGUACAUCUCCAAAAUGGUCCCCACAACUGAUAAGGGACGUUUCUAUGCCUUUGGAAGAGUCUUCUCUGGUAUUGUUUCCACUGGACAGAAAGUUCGAAUCAUGGGACCAAACUACACACCUGGCAAGAAGGAAGAUCUCUACCUAAGAUCUAUUCAAAGAACCAUUUUGAUGAUGGGUCGUUAUGUUGAGCCCAUUGAGGAAGUACCCUGUGGCAACAUUGUUGGUCUAGUUGGUGUUGACCAGUUUUUGGUGAAGACGGGUACAAUUACCACCUUUGAGCAUGCACACAACAUGCGAGUGAUGAAAUUUAGUGUUAGCCCCGUUGUACGUGUUGCUGUUGAAGCUAAAAACCCUGCUGAUCUACCAAAACUAGUUGAAGGUCUAAGGCGUCUGGCCAAGUCUGAUCCCAUGGUUCAGUGUAUUAUUGAAGAGUCGGGUGAGCACAUCAUUGCUGGAGCUGGUGAGCUGCAUCUAGAAAUUUGCCUUAAAGAUCUGGAAGAAGAUCAUGCUUGCAUUCCAAUCAAGAAAUCAGACCCAGUUGUAUCUUAUCGUGAAACUGUCAGUGAAGAGUCGAGCCAGAUGUGCUUGUCCAAAUCUGCCAAUAAACACAACAGGCUGUAUAUGAAAGCUCGGCCCUUCCCUGAUGGCUUGGCAGAGGACAUAGACAAAGGAGAAGUCAGUUCCCGUCAAGAAAUGAAGCAGCGUGCCCAUUACCUGGCAGAGAAAUAUGAGUGGGAUGUGUCUGAAGUUCGUAAGAUCUGGUGCUUUGGACCUGAUGGAACUGGUCCAAAUAUCUUGGUUGACAUCACCAAGGGUGUCCAGUACCUAAAUGAAAUCAAAGACAGUGUUGUUGCUGGCUUCCAGUGGGCAACAAAGGAAGGUGUGUUGUGUGGGGAGAACAUGAGGGGCGUUCGUUUUGAUAUCCAUGAUGUUACUCUGCAUGCUGAUGCGAUCCAUCGUGGUGGUGCGCAAAUACUUCCCACUGCCAGGAGUGUCCUGUGUGCCUCUGCUCUGACAGCACAGCCCAGACUUAUGGAGCCCAUCUAUCUCCUGGAGAUCCAGUGCCCCGAACAAGUGGUUGGUGGUAUCUAUGGUGUGCUGAACAGGAAACGGGGUCAUGUCUUUGACGAAUUCCAAGUGGCAGGAACCCCGAUGUUUGUGGUCAAGGCUUAUCUACCUGUAAAUGAGUCUUUUGGUUUCACUGCUGACUUGAGGUCCAACACUGGUGGUCAAGCUUUUCCGCAAUGUAUCUUUGAUCAUUGGCAACUUUUGGCUGGAGAUCCUUAUGAUGCAACUUCUCGUCUUGGGCAAAUUGUGGCUGAAAUACGCAAGCGCAAAGGCUUGAAGGAGGGUAUUCCACCUCUGGACGACUUCUUAGAUAAGUUGUAACCACCUUCUCUGCUUAUAUGUUACAUUUCCUCAAAACCAGGAAGCUUUGAGAACAUCAUUGAAUACAAACAAACAAUCCAGCAUAUUGCAGUUAGAUCAUGUUCAUUGCCAAAAAAAAUAAAAUUAUUAAAAAAAAGUUACAUUGACUGAUUAGAGGGGUUAUUUUUGUAAGCAGGCCACUCUGUAGUUACCUUUGUGAAAAGUGUAGGUAAGUGGGAACUAAUGGCCUGAAGUUCUUUUAAAAGAUUCUCUCCAUUAACAUGUAGUCUGUUUCACAACUGUCCUGAUGUAGAAAACAGUGGAGGCAGCUGUUUUACUAUAGAAUUGUGCAAGAAUUCUUAACUAAAUUUAGGUUUUUCUUCUUAGUCCCCUUAAAGCUAAUAAUCUAUUUCACAUACCCCUUUGAAAACCUACAUGUUCUUAAAGAUAUAGUGAAAGUGAUCUUAGAAACCAAGCCUUUUAACACAAGAUUAAAGUUCUGAAUGAAUCUAGGUGAUCUGUUUUGGUAUUAGGGAAACUGAAGUAGACAAUUAGAAAAAACAACCCACAAUUUCUUACUAGCCUGUUCCAGUUUCUGAAAGAGUUAAAUAAUGUAACUAAAAAGGUGUUAGGGGAACACCUGCUCCAGAGCUCCUCCAAAUAACAGUGAUCAUCAGUUUGUGGGGGUGAGGCUCAUUUGGCUUUUCUCUACCACUAUUUUCUCUACCCAUUAGAGUAGG